AAAUACUUUAUAAAAAGUCAGGAAUUUCCCUCAAUUUUUAUUUAGCUUGACAAUUGUACUCCAUAUUCUACUCAAAGCGAUCGUGGAGAAGAUAAAUCCAACUGCAAAUCCAUGGCUGCCGAUUUCUGGACUUCGUCUCAGUUCAAGCAGCUACUUGACCCGGAAGAGCUGAAUGUGGUCCACCCGUUGGACAAGGAAAGGGGCAUUACUGCUGAAGAUUACAAGCUCAUCAAAUUCCAUAUUUCCAACUAUAUUGUGAAAUUGGCACAGUAUAUCAAAGUGCGGCAGAGGGUGGUUGCUACGGCCAUUACAUACAUGAGACGUGUCUAUGCCAGGAGAAGUAUGACGGAAUAUAAUCCACGUCUGGUUGCUCCGACCUGCUUGUACUUGGCAGCUAAAGCUGAAGAAAGCACAGUGCAGGCCAGACUUCUUGCUUUUUACAUCAAGAAAGUUCAAAGUGAUGAGAAGUACAGAUGUGAGAUUAAAGAGAUACUAGAGAUGGAAAUGAAAAUCUUGGAAGCUCUCAACUAUUAUUUAGUUGUAUUCCAUCCUUACCGAUCACUGACUCAGUUACUCCAAGAUGCUGGCAUGAGUGAUUCGACACAACAAACUUGGGGUCUCGUUAACGACACAUACAAGAUGGAUCUGAUUCUUGUUCAUCCUCCCCACUUGAUUGCGUUAGCCUGCAUGUAUAUUGCAAGCGUCCAGAAGGAUAAAGAAAACACGGCUUGGUUUGAAGAGCUUCGUGUUGACAUGAACGUGGUGAAAAACAUUGCAAUGGAGAUCUUAGAUUUCUACGACAGCUACAAACUGAUGUCAGAUGACAACAGGAUCAGUGCAGCAAUGAACAAGCUACCAUGAUCACUAUGUGAUAUCAUCAACUUUCCCUUUUUAAGUUUGGAUAGAAUUUCUAGAUUCAUUUCCUUUUCUUGGUAAGUACUCCUUGAGGUUUGAAUGGAGUAGGUUUUGAAUCAAGUUGUAAACGGUUGGACCGUGGCCCCAAGGAGGACUUUUGUUGUGUUCACUACAUAAUUCAAGUAUUCAUUUCUUACA